AUGGACACCUCCAGUGAAGAGGCCCAGAAAUUCAAGAUGGACGCCGUCGUUGGGACCGCCAUCUUGACUGUUUCGAUGUCCUACAGUUUGGCUCUCUGUUGGCACCCAGCCUGGGCUCAAGCCUGUGGGGGCCAAGAAUAUCGGGGCGAGGACGGUCGCUGUGUCCUCUGCCAGACGUGUCCAGCUGGAGAAGAGCCUGACAGAAAAUGCGGUUACGGUGCCGGAUUAGGGACGGCCUGCAAGCCGUGUCCGGCCGGUUCCUUCUCUCCCACCUCUGGGCUGGGAUUCUGCUCCUUGCAUACUCCUUGCGAGGAGGCCAAGAUGAGGGUCCGCCUCCACAUCGGAACGGCGACUGCAGACACUUGGUGUGGGGCCUGCUUACCUGGGUACUACAGUCCAGAGGGGGAGACGGAUCCGAGAAGCCCGUGCCUCCCUUGCCUGGCUGCCCCCAGAGGGGUGCCCGGAUGUGAAGGCUCCAGAAAACCUCCCACCCGCCUGAGCCGAAACGCCGAGGCCCCUCCGAGGCGAGGCGAGAAAACGGCGCUGAACGGCACCCGGGACGGGAAGCCGGACGACAGCGCCACGCAAUACGCGGUGCUGGCCAUCGUCCCCGUCUUCUGCAUUAUGGGCUUGUUGGGCAUCCUCUUCUGCAAUCUGUUGAUGAAGAAGGGGUACCACUGCACGGCCCAGAAGGAGACGGACGAAGAGGCCGCCAAAUCGGACAAAACCGGGAACAGUUCGGGCUAUAAGACUGAAGACCUUAACGAGGACACCAUCGGGGUGCUGGUGCGGCUCAUCACCGAGAAAAAAGAAAAUGCAGCCGUCCUGGAAGAGAUGCUGAAGGAGUACCACAGCAAGCAACUUGCCCAGCCGAUUUACAAGCCUGUGAACAAGUUGCAUCUCCUGCCCCAGAUCCCCCACAUUUGCCAGCAUCAGCACCACCUCCACACCGUCCAGGGCCUGGCCAUGCGCUCGGGGCCCAGCUGCACCCGCUGCAGCCAGAAGAAGUGGCCGGAGAUGCUGCGGUCCACCGAGGCCGUGUCCACGACCGUCCUGCCUGGCAGCCACGCCCUGAAGCCCCCCCGGCCGGGAGAGAUCACCAUCCUCUCCGUGGGCAGGUUCCGCGUGGCCCGUAUCCCCGAGCAGAGAGCCAACCCCACGGAACUGCAGACCAUCUCCGAGGGGGUGGGGGAGGCCGAGCCCAGCAAGCCCCCUCCUCACCCCUCCCUCGCCCCGGAGCCGAAGCUGCUGGCCAGCCACGGGGGGAAACUGACGCGGCCCACGGGGGCAGAGAGUCAGCAAGAGAGAAAGGGGGUGGAUCACCUGGUGAGACAUCUUCUCCAAAGACCAAUCUCCUUCUUCUCCACCUGGUCAGCCUUCUCAAGGUUAAAGGUGACCAAAUACCUGAUCUUCCUUCUUAUUGAUGACUUCCGGCCUCUCUCCGUCCAUCUGCAAGUGCGAUGUCCAGAUUUGGAGCCAAGAACCCAAACCCAAUAA